AUGGAAGGCCCACAUGACAAUCUCAAGUGGUUUGGCGAAGGCUUCGACGGCUUCCCCAAGAAGCUGCCUGAAGACGUCGUGGAGUACAUCAUCUUCAUCAUCGACUCGCGCCUCUCUGACAUUCAGACCCGAGAGCGUCUUCAGGCUUUCCAACGGGCCCUCAACGCACUCGAGAAGCAGUUUCUCAAAGAGUACAUCUGGCAGCGUGACGCUCUUAAACUUGAGCUCGUACGAGAAGAACAUCGAUGGCUGUUACGGGGUCAGACAAACUACGGGGACAGUGUAGCUGAUGAAUGGUUAAUUGUAUACUUGCUACGAGAAUUGAGCAAGGAGUUCAAAGACGCUUGGAUUCGAAUAUAUGAUGCGGAUGGCGAAUUCUUGCUCAUCGAGGCCGCAAAUGCGCUACCGAAAUGGCUAAACCCCGAAGUCGCGGAAAACAGAGUCUGGAUCAACAGCCAUCGACUGUUGAUUAUACCGAUUGGAAAAGGAGAAGAACCAAAGCCAUUGGACCAGGCACAAGCACUGCGCAGCAUUGACGACACCCCUGCUCGACCACAGCAAUACAUCAAGGUAGAGAAGGAAGCUUUUCACAGGCUCAAUGGCUAUCCUGCCGCAAUUUCAGAAAACCAACAUCACGCAACUGUGCCGUUACCAAGGAAAGUUGCACAUAUUCUCCACAUCAAUCCCUCAUACAUUGCUGCCAUAGUUGAGGCUUUCUAUCUCCGCGAUCCCAUCUCUAUUCGCCUCGUUCAGCCCAGUAAAUCAAGCAUCUCCUUGACUUUUCCACCAGAGGACUUUGUCGAUGUCAGUGUCCGCUUCACCAAAGUCCUCUACGCCCAGCUCCUGGGUCAACAUUGGGAGCCUCCCGCACCAUGGGACACCGCACUCGAACAGCUUAUAAACUCCGGAAGAACAGCAGAGAAAUCAGAAAUUGGCAUCAAAAUUACAGCAGGUCUACAAAUGCUACUCUCACAUUCGUUCUACACAUCGCGCAAACAGACACGCGAAAUCGCCCUACUUCUGAACGACCUAGAGACCGGUGACGACGUACUCCCAACCGACGCCGAGAUAGCAGACUGGCCUAGACGUGAAGACGAUGAAAGUUGGCUGAAUAUCGAUUUUGCUGAGUUCGAAAAAGAGCUGGAAGGAAAGGGAACAGGUAAUAAAGAAGCAUUUGGUGACAAAGCUGCACAGGACAAUCUGAAGAAAAUGGUUGAGCGCUUCAACUCGUUCCUCGCAGACAAUGAAGCCGGCGCUGAAGGUGCUCAAGGGGAUUUCGACCCUAUGGACAUAGACAAUGAUUCAGAUGCCGAGAAUCGCGGGUGGGAGGACCCAGAAGACAGUAGUAGCGAAGAUGAUGUAAUGCCAACACCACGCCCCUCUGCUCCUCUUUCCGCUACCACUCCAACCGACACCAAACCUAAACUUCGUCGAGCCCCGAAACCCCCCAUUCCAGACUACCCUUCCGGUUCCGACACCGACAACUCCGACGCUUCGGCCGACGCCGAAUUCACUGAGUACGAAAAGGCUCACGCAGCCUAUAUGACGCUCUCCGCAGCCGAGAAAGCACUUCUCACAGAGGAAGCGCGUGCCCUGGCUCUCGAGCAAGAUGCUGAGCAAGAAGAGGACGAAGAAAUUGAAAAACUGAGUAAGCUGAUGGAGGAAGAGUUGUUUGCGCAUGGGGCGUUGAAUAUGAAUAUGAACCCCAACACUGAUGAGAGCUCUGGGAUGGGUCGAAUCAAAAGCAAGGGAAAGGGAAAGGGGAGAGCAAAGGUUGCGUUUGCUGAUGAGGACGGUGUUGAAGACGUGGGUAAAGGCGACGAAAGGGGUAGUAAUGAUGACGAUGAUGACGACGAUUUAUUGGAUGAGGACUAUAAUCUCGCUGAUAACAUGUUGAAGGCGUUCAAAGGGCAAGCGGGCAUGGCUGGACCGGCGGGGAACAUGAUGAAACUGAUGGGUGUACAGUUUCCGCAAGAUGCAGAUGAUGAGCGACGCGGUCGCGCCAAGGGGAAAGGGAAGGAAUGA